AUGGAUCAGGCGUUGCUGCUGUUUCUGUUGCUGAGCGAGUUGUGUUGGCCAAUGCUUCUGGCCCAUGAGUACCAUUUUGUAGCAGAGCCCAUGUCGUGGUCUGAUGCUCAGACUCACUGCACACGGCACUACACAGACCUGGCCUCAGUGAGCGACAUGAAGGACCUGCAGAGACUGAAAACGGCUGCAAACGGACUCUCGGAUGCCUGGAUUGGACUACAGUCCAGUGGCAAACUCUCGGACCGCGAAUGGCACUGGUCUCAGCCCACAGUUAAGUACAAUGAAGCAGAAACCCCGUGGAUCACAGGGCAGCCUAAUGAUGGGAACGGCUUUGAAACUCAAAACUGUUUGAUGAUUGACACCAACGGCCUGUGGAAUGAUAUCCAGUGUGCCGUUGAAUUUGAAUGUUUUAUCUGCUACAAUGAGUCCUCCAACACUGCCAUCAAGAUCCAUGACCCCAGUAAUGGAAGGACCUGGAUAGAGGCUCAGCAGUUCUGCAGAGCAAAGCACACUGACCUAAUGAGUGGACAGGACCAGCAGAAACUGCUAAAGGAAGAUUCCCAUAGGUGUUUGAUCGGCCUGUUCCGGGACAGCUGGCACUGGUCCGACAGAAGCCCCUCCACUUUCAGAAACUGGAAAUCAUACGUGAAUACAGACACACAGAAAUGUGCGGCUCUGGGAGAUGAGGGCCGAUGGGAGAGCGCUGAGUGUGGCCUCAAGAUGAGCUUCAUCUGCCAAGGAGCUCUGAAGACUAAAAAGACUUUGGUGAAAAUAAAUAUGUCCUCACCUGUGGAUCUGAACCCACUCAGCCAAGAAAUAUUGGAACAGCUGCAGAAACAGUUGGACGCCAACAACUUUGGGCACGUCAAACUGACCUGGAAAAAGGACAAGAAUCAAUGUGUUUUCAAGAAGCAAAUAUCUUCUUCAUCCAAAAAACAACCAUGUGCCUGA